UGGGCUCCGCAUUGAGGAUGCUGUCGGGGCGCCGAAGGACACGCGCCUCCUGGUGUUGGUCAUCAGCCUAACCGGCGUGCUCAUAGCCUCAUGCGCCCUGCUGCUCAUGGUUGUGGCACAGGACGACGGCGUUGAUUGCGGCCAGCCACCCGACUGGAGCAUGCACGUCGACCCCAAGGAGCGCGUGGACCAGUGCACGGGCGAAAAAUGUACUACGUCCCAGUGCGUCCAUGGCCCGGUGAGCAAUGAGAGCUGCCGCGGGGUGGUGCGACCGUACGCCGACAGGUGCCGCUGCUGCGAGGCCUGCGUUCUGCACCUGGGAAAGAACUCGGACUGCUCCAACAGACCUUCCGACCUUCACGAUGUCCGAGAAUGUGGCCCUGGCCUCUUCUGCAACCAGAAGACAUGUGUCUGCAUGGAGUUCAUGACAGACAUACCGUGAACGACCUCACUGUGCUGCUACUUUACACUUGCACAGCAACCUGUCUGCUCCCUUAAUUAACAUAGCAUAGUGUGAAAUAUGUUGCGAGU